AUGGUAUUUGGAUUUGGUAAAGACGAUAGAGAAAAAAGGGGUGGUGACGAUGACAACAGCUACGGUGGAUCCAGAACUGGAAACAACAACGAUGACAACUAUGGAUCGUCUUCUUUUGGUAGUGGUGGAAAUAAUGACGACUCGUAUGGUUCUUCCAACAAGAGAAGCGGAUAUGGCAACGAUAAUGACGACUCUUAUGGAUCAUCAAACAGAGGUGGCAAUUCAUCCUCAUUUGGCAACAAUAACAAUGAUGACAACAGCUAUGGCUCAUCAAACAAGAGAGGAGGUAAUGACUCUUACGGUAAUGAUGAUUCAUAUGGAUCGUCCAACAGGUCUGGAGGAAGCAACACAUUUGGUAACGAUAAUGAUGACUCUUAUGGUUCAUCAAAUACAAGAAGUGGUGGUUACGGUAAUGAUGAUUCAUAUGGAUCUUCAAACAGAUCAGGUGGAAACUCAUCCUCAUUUGGUAAUAAUGAUGAUGAUAACUAUGGAUCAUCAAACAAGAGAGGAGGCAAUGACUCUUACGGUAAUGAUGAUUCAUAUGGAUCGUCCAACAGAUCUGGAGGAAGCAACAGAUAUGACAAUGACAAUGAUGACUCCUAUGGUUCAUCAAACAGACGUGAUUUCUAA